GAGCACCGACGCGGAAGCUGCCCUGUAUCCCCAAGAUUUGGCACCUUGGCACUGCCCCGAAGAGGAAAUCUGUGGUUUUAUUCAUUUUAACAUAUCCCCACAGCCCUUUUUAGACCCCUUAUACUUUUAUCAGGACCUCUUGGACGCCAUCAUGCUCUCACCGAGGUCAGUGUGAUAAAAACUGGGUUUGAAACUCCGUUUUUCUUUGUCGUUGAUCGUGUAAAUGUGACCGUUAGUGUGAAGAGUCCAUCUGAAUAAAGACAGGAAUGAUCGCUAUGCUGAUCGGAAACCACAUUAAUGUGGGCGGUUUAUUGUUAUAGGGAGCUGAUUAAUUACCAAUUGCUUAAUAGAUAAAGAAUCCAGCUCUACCUGGAGACAGUGAGGUCAAACAGGGUGGGAUUGGCUGUUUACAUAAAGGUGUGUCAACCUCAGAUACUACAGAAGGUAAACCAGAGCAGUACACUCUGACUGCUGAACUCUUUUUGAAGUUAUUAUAAAGUUAUAAGGAUCAUAUUGAAUCAAAUGAAGUUUUAUUGUCCUCUUGCUUAGUUAUAAAAUGCUCACUGAAGUGCUUAGGGUCAGGGGCGUGCUGAGAGGGUUGGCCAGAGGUGGGAUGGGCCCACCCUGAAAUCGGAUAGGACACUCCCAGUGCCGCAACAAAAUCUUCAGUGAUGAUUGGUUCUUCUUCAGUCAGGGGCGGGACUAAUCGCUGAUGUGAUUAAAAACAAAAAAAGGGGAAACAAUAUUACAACACUGCUUUUACAUUUGGCUGUCUGAGAUUUAUGUUCCUAAAUACAAUAUUUUUACUUCUCAAACAAUCAAAGCCUGAAAGAGGGUUUAAAUUGUUACAGGAAAUCUUCAGUAUACAGCAGAAUAAGAAAAGAAUGUGAUUUUCUGUACUGUGCUGUAAUGUCUAUUUUUUUAAUGGCCUGGAUUAGAAAUCUUUGUUUCUCUCUUCCUCGGUAACAUCAAGUCACAGAUGAUUUCUAACUUGAGCUGCUGACUGAAGUAUCCAGUAACAUCACAAGUCUGACAUGACGUGGCAGUCACAGAGUGUGUGUGUGUGUGUGUGUGUGUUCAGCUGUUGGGUGUGAGUGAACACGGUCUGACACACUCAUCUCUGCGUGGUUAUAGUUGUUAUAGGUGUAACUGAACCCCUCGACCUUCAGGGUCGUCUCAGGCUGCGUUUAUGUCCUCUGAUGUCAUGUCCUUAUUUGGGCUUCAGGUUGCUGCUGCUGCGGUCGGCUGCGUCCGUGACGACCAGGGCGCUCUGCACAGGGGGUGCGUCCAACAGGGGCAGGGCGCCGGAUAUGGCUGAAGGUACGACAGCGGCCAUGGUUGAUCUGACUGUCAAACACUUGCUAUGAUGUCUAAAAUAAUUAUGAAGCCAAUAACAGAUUCUUAUACUGAUGUUUUGUGAAUUGUUCAUGUCUGUCACGGAAAUAACAAAUGAGGUUUGAUGUAUUUAACUUGUUUCUAGCUGCCCCUCAUCUUUAAAUCUUACGAAAGGCACGUUGCUGAUCUUCUUUAGACACAGUAUAAUUCUCAGACAGUGCCCACAUUUUCUUUCACACUGACCAUGAAAACAAAUCUGAUUCUGUUCCGAAGAUCACCUUGUAACAACAUUUAAACACCUAAAAAGAGUAUAAAAGCUGAAGCUUCAGCCUGCCCCUCUUAGGUUGAUUAAUUUCUAAUUUCUAGCUUCUUUGUAACUUUUGAAGGAGUGUCAUCUUGUAAGAAUCAGAAUCAGAAAUACUUUGAUAAUCCUCAGGGGGAAAUUGCUUUUUGUCACAGUAACUCCAGUGCAAAUAAAGUAGAAAGAGGAGAUAAAUAAUAGAUAAAAUAAGUAAAGACAAAUCAAAAUAAAGAGAUAAAUAGAUAAUAUAAGUAAAAAUAAAGAGGUAAUAUACAAGUAUGCACAUGAUAUACAACACAAAAUAGUAAAAUAGUAUGCAUAAGCUGACCUCAAGAUAAAUAAUUACAACCUCUUAACGUCAAAUCAAAGUCAGAUUCAUCAGUCUAUCUCAUGUUUAUUCAUCAUUUGUGUUUUUCUGCAGGAGAUCCACUUUUACACGUGUCGAACGGUGUGUUGGUAAACCCUGACCAUCCUAACUCAAACAGCUGUCAUCUGUAGAGAUUCUCUCUUAAUUUCCUGUAAUUGCACCUAAACUCCUGCUGCAUGUUUCUGCACUGAGAGACUGAAUGUUCAUUUUCUUUUUUUCUGAAGCUCUCCUCGUUUCAUGUACGGCAGCUUUUAGGUCAGGCCUGUUGGACCUGUGUUUGGCUGUCUCGGCUGGAUUUCUCUUCCUGCUCCACAGCACAGCUAAACCCUCCGUGUAGCACCCUUUGGUGGUCUGCUAACCUUCAUCUUCUCCUCCCUCUGAGCUUCAGUGUUAUGUUACAGCUACGAGAGUCUGUCUGCUCUUCUCUGUGUUGUUUCGUAUUGUCUCUCAGCUCAGGCCUCAGGGCGCUGCAGCCUCCAGGAAACAGGACUAAGACCUUAAACCUUAACCCUAGAUUCAAAUCUGCCUUUUGAGUGUUCAUACAUUCAUAACUGUGUCUCAUUCCCCUGGAGGCCGUAGCUGUAAAACCUAAAUCUUUACCUGCAGCUCUGACAGAGACAUUAUGAAGCAUUAAGACCCUGAGCUCUCUGGUGCUCUCACUGCACCUCCUCACACACACAAAUACUCACUCAGGAAGAGAGGAUCUGAUUGUUUCUCCUGUUUUUCAGUGCGGAACAGGCUGAGGGAAAUCGUGGGGGCUUCCACCAACUGGAGGUACCAAACAACCAACAUCAAAACACCAAGAAUCAGUUUAUUUACAGUCCUGGCUCCAUGUGUCAGAUCAGAAGAGUUUGGAUAAUUCUGCAUGAGUUUAAGACUUUGUUAGCGCUGUUAUGGAUGAAAACGUCAUUUUUUGGUAUUAUGAUGCAGCACAGUGAGUGUCAAAAGUGAAGAAAAAUGAAGUUUGAUAGAAUAAAAAAAAGCUGAGACAGUUCCACCAUUUUUAGUCUUAAAAUUUGCCCCAGAAAACCUCUGGUCUAGAUCCAGAUUUCUUUAGCAGAGAUUCCCCGAGUAUUUGAUUUAUAUACCUCCACAUGAAUCGUGAUGUAAGAACCAACAGGUGUAAACCCAGAGAGUCAGUUUAGGUGAUAUGUUUUAUGUUUCUGUCUGCAGUGAUCACCAGCAGGCGAUGGCGGAGCGAGUGUCUCUGUCCUCCAUGUUGGCGAAGUCUCAAAACGACCUCCCCGCCAAGAGGAUGAAGGACAGCUUCCUGGAGGUUCACCUGCCGCUGGGAUCCGAACCCCAGCUCAGAGAGAAAUACCUGACCUUCCACAACACCGUCAGGUACGCUCACACAUAUCUGUGCGUGUGUUUGUGUGGAUGAUGUGUGAAUAAAAAGGCAGAUACACUCGAAAUCUGACUUUUUCUCUCUUUCUCUCAGGUUUGGAAGAAUCCUGGAGGACUUGGACAGUUUAGCAGGUGUCACUUUAAAACAGAAAUCAUCACAUGAUGAGAAGAAUAAAGGGCUAUUUCAUAAAGAAAGUCACAAAUGUUUUUACUCUCUCUCUCUUCAGUCCUUAUCUCUUACUCUCACACCUAUAACGCUACCCUGAAGAGGUCGCCUCUGUCCAUCGUCACCGCUCUGGUGGAUAAAAUCGGUAAUACAUACAUACAUAGUACUGCUUGAUUUGUUUCCUUUGAUCCUUUAGAGAUAUAAAAAAUAUCUCAUCUUCAGACUCAUUCAUGAUUUUUUCUUUGCGGUGCAGAUAUGAGGCAGCAAAUCAUCUAUCCUGACUGCGACAUCAGGUUCACCGGUCAUGUGACGUGGGUGGGAAAGACCUCGAUUGAAGCGAAGAUGCACAUGUCACAGGUGGAGAACUUCUUCUGCUCAACAUGCACCAACACACACAAAGGGAACAUGUGUGGAAAAAUCCAGAAACAUCAUGUUGGAGACUUAUCAUGGGUUAAAUUUUCAUGAUAUACUAGAGCUAUGGUGUCUUUCAUGGCUGCAGAAACAAAGACACCAUCAAAACGUUGUCUAGUAAAUGUAUGUCACUCAAAUCUAUGACUGAGAAUGAAGGUGAAACUCUCUUAAACACAUUAUUUGACUGUCAGGGUGUUGCUCAUGUGUGCAGAACAGAAAAAAGGACAGAAAGACGAGCGCUGACGUAACAAAUGACAGAAAUCUGACUUUCCUUUCAGUACCAUGACGGAGCUUACACACCAGUGCUGGAUGCUACAUUUGUCAUGGUUGCUCGAGAUCCAGAGAACAAGAGGUAAGACAACAUCACUGAUAUGAGUUCAGAAAGGAUGAGUGUGAACUGCUGGAGGUAUUUAACCCAAAGGUGAUCAGGUUUACAUGUUUAAAGUUUGAAUCAUUAACAGUUUCAUGUUUCUAAAUUAAGUAAUGAGGGUGAUUUCAGCCUUGGAAACCUUUGUCGCCUCACUCUUGACUUUGUCUUGAUUUCAGGGCAGCUUUUGUGAACCCGCUGAAGCCAGAAGGUCCAGAGGAGGAGAAGAUUUUCCAGGAGGGAGAAGGUAAAACCUCCUGACAUGACUCUAUUUUAGACUCAUUUUGUCUUCCAGAUUCAUGAGAAGCGUUUCCUCCUAUUCCUUGAAACCGUUUGUUUGUUUUGUGUGUUUUUAGCGAAUAAGUCUCGCCGUCAGGAGCUGAGCACUGCGUCUUUACUGAAGGUGGCUCCGACAGACGAGGAGAGGAAGAUCGUACACAGUCUGUUCCUCAACACCCUGGACACAAAGUAAGACUUACAAUACACUUAUAGACACUAUUAUAAAUCAAAUCUGCACAGUGCAAGACUGCAGUAUUUCAUCAGAUUUAAAAAAAAACCUCUCUGACAUUCAUGAAUGAGUGUAUUUUUGUGUUUAUUCUUCUUCUUCUGCAGGACGGUCAGUUUCCGCAGCAGAGUACUUCCUCCAACCUCAGUGUGGAUGGAAGAUGCCAAACUGAAAGGACUGGAGAUCUGUCAUCCUCAGGUUGUUACAGGCUGAGUUACACUUGUGAAAUGAUGUAUUUGUUUUUAAUUCUGGUUUAAAACACAUUCAGUCAGUCAGACUCUUACUUUGACAGAAAAUAUUGCCCCUGAGUUUAAGUCCUUUACAUUUUAACAUUAAGAGGGUUUUAACUGUAUUAAUAAAUCUGACUUUAUCUCUGUCUGCGUUUCCAUCAGGAGAGAAACAUCUUCAACAGGAUAUUUGGAGGUUUUCUGAUGAGGAAAGCUUACGAACUCGGCUGGGCCAACGCCUGCUCCUACGGGUGAGAGCUUUAAAAAAAAAAACAAGAUGUUUCAGAAAGAGAGAGAGAGAGAGAGUGUGUUUAAAUGUUCAGUUUUCCCUCUUCUGUCUUUCUGCAGAGGAUGUCGGCCGAGUCUGGUGGCUGUUGAUGAUAUCCUCUUCCAGAGACCUGUGGAGAUCGGCUCCCUGCUGCUGCUCUCAUCACAGGUCAGAGAGGAGAUUUCGAUCAGAGAAAACUUCGAGCUGCUGGAUGUGUGGACUUUAAAAGAUGAUCAUGUUUCAGUGUUUGGUCUACAUUUUGAUCUACUUCCAUAAAGCAGCAUAAAAAAAUCUUUAAAUUUGACUCUUUACUUGUUUAUAAACUCAUUCUUUAAGGAUUUGAACUGCGUUAAUUUGCUGUUGUUGUAUUUCAUUCUUGUGUGUUUCUGGUUCAGGUGUGUUACACACAGGGGAAGUACAUCCAGGUCCGAGUCCACAGCGAGGUGUUUGAACCCCUGACCCGCCAGCAUAACACCACCAACGUCUUCCACUUUACCUUCGUCUCAGACAGAGACGUCCCCAACAUCAUUCCAAUGACAUAUGGAGGUGAGACAGAGUCUUCAUGUAGUCUGAAAAAUCUGUUCUUAUAUCAGUUCCAGGUGAUAUAAGAGGAGUGUCAGAUAGUUUGUUCGGCUUUAAAGUGAAAUAAAUGUCAACAAAGGUGGAAUAUUAAUGUCCUUUUUUAUGUUUGUGUGACAGAGUCGAUGCUGUACCUGGACGGGAAGAGACACUUUAAUCAGACUGUGGAGAACUGAGGGAGCUUAUUCCCGACCGUCCAAAGCCUUACAGCGUCUGACCCAUCUUAGAGUGUGUGUGUCUGUGCGUGCAUGUGAGAGAGAGAAAGUGAGGUCAGGCUGAAGUCCAAAUGUCAUUAGUAUAGAUCUUUUCUUGUAUGUUACACAGCUCACAUGUCUGGUUACGUUUGAUUCCUGCCACUGUGUUUGCUCAGGUGGUUUACAUUUACAGACAAAGACAACAAAGAAAAACUGAAAGCAGCUUUUUUUAUCCUUUUUAAUGUAUCUACACUUUGUUUCACUGUUACUUUAAGGAGUCAGUGUUUACAGCUUCAUGUCUUCGUGGGGAAACAUUGAAACAUUCAUUUUCUGCCUUAUACUGACCAUGUGUACUUUAUUCCUUCUUUAAAGAUUGCAUGACUUUACAGAUAUGUUACAUUUUUAUAUUCUACCAUCGCUUAUACGCACAAAAUCUUUAAACUGACUUUUUAGUUUGGAGUGAGGAGCUUUAUUAUGAAAGUAUCAGACUGCUGCAAAAGAGAGGAGAAUGUGCUAAGAUGUGUAUUUACCCAAACACAAUAAAUGGAUUCUUAUUUAUCUUGAUUUUAAAA